AUGAGGAUUCUACACCAGCGGAACAAGCUACAGCAGAAUGUCCAAUCAGAACCUGGCCAUAGUUGCUCAGCUCCUGUAGACGCCUUGGUUGUCGCUUCAGCUGAUCUCGUUGGUCAUCCUCGGCCCAUAGCCCGUCGGCCGUGCCAGGAUGCCGCUCCCAUUGACAUCAACAGUACAGCCCCUCUUCAAUAUCAAUCUCCCAGAUCAAUCGUGGAUACACAACCCAGCGCUGUGGUGCCGGAUCUGGGUCCAUCCAUGGCAACUCUGCAAUCUGCUCCUGCUCUUCAGGCUCGCCGGAGUCUUUCGCCCACUGGCCCCAAGCUACGGGACAGUUGCAAUAGCUGUGCGGCGUCCAAGAUCAAAUGUACCAAGGAGAAGCCGCGAUGCGCACGGUGCGCAAAACGAAACGUGGUGUGCGAGUACCUGGAGAGUAAACGCGCACGUCGCAAACAGGGAACCCGAAUGAGAAAUCGCGAUGCAAUAUCCCUGAUCACCCAGGCUUCACCUCCAACCACCUCCAGCACAACUCCCUCCCCGUGUGAGGCGGAGAGGUUGGCUACACGGGUGAUCACACACCCUUCCCCCAAGCAGCAUCACCCGGUGAGCUAUGCGGACAUCUUCUCCUGGACUCCCUCGCUGGCAGAUACCGCGACAGCAACACCCACCGUCUUGAACUGCAACUUUGACGACUUCCUGGCCUCGCCGACCUUGAUUUCCAUGCCGGGCAUGCCUGAUACGGGCGAUCUGGUCGCCAAUCUGACCGACUUCUGCCAGCGCAAGGAUCCCAGUCAUGCACCAGAGAUGCUCAACCUUGCCCCGAGCAAUGCCUCUGCAGGCGUGGAAACCACCGUCGACCCUCCGCAAGAGUCGUCGACCAACCAGGCAUCGAUCCCCGAGGCGCCCAACACGGGGUCAGCGUGCUGCUCCAUCAGCCGUACUUUAGGCCUCUUGACAUAUUUCCCCACCUCAGCCCCCGUGCCGCGCCUCACCACUGCACAAGGAUCACCCUGCCCGGGCGAAUCUCCGACCAUUCAGUCGGUAGUCGCCCGCAAUGCAAUGGUCGUCCAGACCCUCAACGAUAUCCUACAAUGCGGAUGCUCCGAGGACGGGUAUCUCCUUGCCAUCCUAUCCGUCGUAAUCUUGAAAGCCCUGGGCUGCUAUGCCGCUAUCGUACGACAGCUCCCAAGUUUCGACACCAACAGUCCAUUCUGGGACGCUCCAAUGACCAUGACUGAUUCUCUCACCGACUCGCAUUCGUCUCCGUCACAUUCUGACCAAACCCAACGAGUUCCUCCCGGCGGCACGGCCCCACUCGGCUACGGGGGAGAGGGCGAGGAACAAACUCGCAUGGCUGCGCAAGAGAUCCUCAGCCAACUGCAUCUUGUCCAGCGUCUGGUGAAUACCAUUUCCCACCGAUUCACACUCUACGGCGAACGCGAGAGUAACACAUCAUCGGCCCCGAGCACGGUCUCCAAUGACAACUGUGCGGACUUGCCUUCAAGUAUGGAAAUCCUGUAUCCGUUUCACACCUCAUUAUUCGAGCAGAUCGAGGGCAAUGUGCGCAAGCGUCUCCGAAACCUGUCCGCCGAAAUUUUAGACAUCCUUCGCUACUGA